AUGUGGGCUUUUGGGGACUUUUUUGCUGAUGUACCUCAGCGUCUGGGCAAGAACGAUGUUUUGGACGCGGCAGCAGCCGUGCUCGUUAGUGGCCACAACGACAUACGCAUGCACAAGGGACAAGUGUCGUUCCGCACACUCAGACUGCAUGGACAUGCUCUGUCGAUUUUGAGGGCUUGCCUAAACGACCCUGUAGAAGCUCAGGCAGUGAAUACACUCUGCGCAGUAUAUUUGCUGCUCAUUUGCCAGAGCUUGACCGGCACAUGGGACAGCUGGACUCCAAGCCACACUGAAGGUGCAGUCCAGAUCUUACGGUCCAAAACCCGCCAUGGCAUAAUAGACGAUUUCGAAAAGAGGCUUCUUCUUACGUUGCGCGGACCCGUCAUAUUCGAAGGGUUGUUCAACCCUCGUAUUGAUUUGAGCCCUGACGAAUGGGAGCUACUACUAUUCGACAACAGGAAGUGUACUCGCAGGAUCGACCGCAUCCUUGUGUACCUUGCUGACAUGCCAAGCUGCCUACGUCGUGGUACCAAUUUGAAAGCUGGAGUAUAUUUUGAUCCCAACUUCGUUGAGGUUGUUAGAUUUCGAUAUUCUGCUACCAAAGUCGCCACUGACGAGCUCCAUACUCUAUUAGUCACUUUCGAAGCAGAAAACAACAUUCAGGACGACAAUGCACUCAUCCAUCUUACCUAUCAACGUAUCUAUGGCCUUGCUCUCUUCGUCACACUUGUUUUGAAUUGCCUGUUGAGCGCUUUGACAGAGCCUUCCGAUCUUAUCGCCUUGGAGGCAGAAGCUUUCGCACACGAUGUCAUAUUACUCGCGUCACAAAGCCACAGAUACAGACCGUUAGGAUCCGCAUACAUUACAAUAUGUCUAUAUGGGGCCUUCGCUGCUGCUAAGCUGCAGACAACAAAGAAUGUCAUCUUCCAAGAAAUUGAGCGCUAUUGCAGUGACUUCCCCCCUCCUAAGGACACCAACCAUCUCGAGGUUGUAGAGAAUAGUGUCAGGCACCUCACCCUGUCUUGA